AUGGACUCUGAAGCUGCGGCCGCCGCCCCGGUCGCCAUGUUCAAAAAGCGCGGCGCCAAGGGCAAAGCCAACAUCCGCAAGCGGCCCGCGACGCCCCCGCCCGCCGGCAGCGACAGCGACAGCGACUACUCGUCGUCCGAGGACGAGUCGGGCCAGCGCGUCAAGCGCCGCAAGAAGACGGCCGUCGUGACAGCCUCAUCAAAGGCCACCGGCGCUGCCACUGCCGGAAGAGAACUCACAGCGUCCGCGUACACGGCCGAUCGCCGGGCCCCCAUCACCUCCGCCAACGACGCCACCAAGCAGAGCAAUUGGUACGACGAGCACGCCGCCGAUGCGCUGUCGGCCAAGAACCUGCUUGGCUCGUCAUCAGCACGAACUACAACUACGUCUUCGACUGCACCGGACGGCACGUACAGGGGCCUCGCGAAUCAGACGUCCUACAUCACCAAGAACCCCGACGCGCCUCAGCGGUCCGUCGGCCCCAUGAAGGCCGCCACCAACAUCCGCACCAUCACCGUUAUGGAUUUCGCCCCCGACGUGUGCAAGGACUACAAGAAGACGGGCUUCUGCGGCUUCGGCGACAACUGCAAAUACCUGCACUCGCGCGAGGACGUCAAGCAGGGGUGGCAGAUGGACAAGGAGUGGGACGUGGUCUCCAAGGGCAAGACGCAUCUCGCCGGCACCGUCGUAGCCAAUGCGAAUCGUGAUAAACCAGCUGUAACGGGCGAUGAUGCAGAGGAAGAGGCGAUGCUGGAGAAGAUUCCGUUCAAGUGCAUUAUUUGCGAGGGCGACUACCGCGAGCCGGUGAUUACGCGCUGCGGGCACUACUUUUGCGAGCCCUGCGCGCUGAAGCGCUACCGCAAGGACCCGUCGUGCGCGGCGUGCGGCGCCGGUACGAAUGGCGUGUUCAAUUCGGCCAAGAAGCUGAAGAAACUGCUGGAGAAGAAGAAGGAGAGGGCGGAGAAGAGGAAGCUGGCGGAGGAGGGGGAGGGGGGCGAAGACAAGGCCUAG